AUGAGGGGAGACUCAUACUUCUUUGGAAUGCGGGGCCUCGGUCACUACGGCUGCAUCCCGGAGGAUGGAGGACAGUUCUUACUCUACUCUAUAAAUGGAGACAACAGUUUAAAGAGAUGUUUUGCAGAGGAAGAUUUUCAUGAAAUAAUUGAUUUCAACGAUCUCCCGAAUUCUCUCUUUGCCUGCAAUGUUCACCAGUCUGUCUUUGAAGAUGAGGACAGUAAGGAGAAAUUUGAAGGCUUGUUCCGUGCCUAUGAUGACUGUGUGACAUUCCAGCUGUUCAAAAGCUUCAGGCGUGUGCGGAUAAAUUUUAGCAGUCCCAAAUCAGCUGCUCGUGCCAGGAUAGAGCUGCAUGAAACACCAUUCAGAGGAAAGAAGCUAAAGUUGUAUUUUGCACAGAUUCAGACCUCUGAGACAGAUGGAGACAAGCUUCAUUUGGCACCACCACAGCCUGCAAAACAGUUUCUCAUCUCGCCUCCAGCCUCCCCACCUGUAGGGUGGCAACCAAUAGAUGAUGCAACACCUGUCAUCAACUAUGACCUCCUUUAUGCAGUUUCUAAGCUUGGACCAGGAGAGAAAUACGAGUUGCAUGCAGGAACAGAGUCCACUCCCAGUGUGGUAGUGCACGUCUGUGACAGUGACAUGGAAGAAGACGAGGACCCAAAGAAUUCUCCAAAGCCAAAAAUCAUCCAGACUCGACGCCCUGGUCUGCCACCGCCUGUAUCUAACUGA